GGGCUCCGCCCCCCGGGUAGGGACCUACAGCGGGCGCGGCGGCGGCAGUCUGCGGUCGGCGGUGUAGACCCCUCUUCGCUAGGGCUGCGACUCCAGCCGCCAGCGGGCCUCUGUGUGCAGUGCCUUGCUGCUACCCCGGGUUGUGAGUGUAGGAACCUAUACCAGGACCUGAAAUGAAACCAAUGGCACUGAGCACCUGAGGAGAGAAGGCUGAAAAGAAGGAAGAGCUCAUGGGACUUGGCUACCUUUUGACUCACACCUACAGUUUCAGGCAGGAAGUAAGAAACAGUGCUCAAGUGGCAGCAGACUCUGCAUCUAUAACUUCAGUUCACAGCCUCGCACAACAGGAUAGCAGAAAACAAAAGAAUUCAGACUGAACACUAGCUGCUGCCUUACCAACUUCUGUGAUCUUAGAAAAGCCACAUAGCUUCUCCAGACUGAUGAUCUUGGGAAGCAUGUAUUGAAGACUUGCUUUAUGGAGUAUCAGUGUUGCCUGGAAUAGCAAAGAAUUGGAAUCAUGCACUUACUGUGGGAGUGUAUCAAGAAAGAUAAUUAAGGAUGUUCCCAGGAAAUACCUGCUUCUCUACUAAUCAUAAAACACAUUGAAGGAUGUCUUCUAAGGAAUUUGUCCUGUGAAGUAUUUCUGAAUUUCAAUUGGCUCUUUUUAGAAAUGCAGAUAAAGAAAAUGAAGGAUAUUGGGCAGCAGUUGUAUACUACUCAAGUAAAUGGUGGACAUAAUUCCUUGACCAUGUCACCCAAACAACCUAAUGCUAAUAGAGCAACUCGGCCAGAUAGGCAGGAAGUACACACCCUUCUAUAUCAAGGGUCAGAGGCAGAGGCUGCCAUGAUGACCAUUGCUACAUGUGUAAAAUGCAAAAGUGUUCACAAAAUUCCUCUUCAAGAUUUGAAAAAGGGCACUGGGGAAAGCCAAAAGGAGGACAAAUAUGUCUGCUUUCAGUGUAACCUUGGUGUGACUCCCCCCCGUUUUCAUUUUAUGAACAGUAAUCCCAGUGCUUCUCAUGUUGGAAAUAAAAUUGAAACCAUCUCAAAUUCUGUCAAUAACAAAUUCAAGGUAAGGAACUUCAAGCCAGGCAAAUAUUACUGUGAUAAAUGUCGAUUUUCCACGAAGGACCCUCUGCAGUACAAAAAGCACACACUUCAACAUGAAGAGAUUAAAUUCAUUUGUUCUCACUGCAGCUACAUUUCAUACACAAAAGGAGAGUUUCAGAGGCAUUUGGUGAAACAUACAGGUAUAUUCCCUUAUAAAUGUGAGUAUUGUGACUAUGGUGCUAUUCGAAAUGAUUAUAUUGUCAAACACAGGAAGAGAGUACAUGAGAGGGCUGGUGCAAAACGGCCACUCAAAUCUGUUGCUAAGCUAGAGCCGAAAAAAAGCAGCACUUCAAAACAAAAUGCAGAGCUUUUAAAAGCUUCCAGUCUAAGGACUACAUUUCAGAAUAAGUUGUCAGAUCAACUGUCAAGGUAUUCUCUUCACACAAAUAAAGACAAAAUGCACAAUAUUAUGUUGUUACCUGAGUCAAAGGAAUACCAAAAAGAUGUAGUUUGUAUUCCAAAUAAAAUGACCAUAUCUGAGUCAAAUGAAGUCAGUCUGUUAGAGAACAAAAAUGUUGAGGUGGAAGUAUUAUCCCCUGCAAAGGAACCUGUUCAACCAGGUAUGCCAUUGACAGUUGUGGCACCAGCAGAACUAGUUGUCCCUGCAAACUGUUUAGCCCAGUUGAUAGAUGUGAAAGUUGUCAAUGGUACACAGCAACUUGUUCUAAAGUUGUUUCCUCUAGAAGAAAAUAAUUGUCUUGAAGCUGGUAGGAGCGAUAGAGUUGAUUCUGAGCGUAUGACUAAACAGAGAGGUUCAAAUGAACAAGAAAAAAUAGUUUCUGCAGAAAAAACAAAGUCUCUAACUUUUGAAGGAAAUGUGGGAAGACUUGUCGGCAUUGAUAAUCUUCAAUCUUCAGUUCAGAAACAAGUUAAAACUGUGAAAUGGGUAAGGUCUUGUGAUUUUUUUAUGUCAAAUUCUAGUGUGUACAACCAUGGAGAAUCCUUUCUCAAUUCUGAUACAGUUGAGGAUUCACAGAAAAAAAAUGUUUAUCCACAUAGAACUGCUCUUUCUUCCAUUGCCUUAAAAGGUCACUCUCCAUUAUCUCUAGUAAAAAACAGUGUUUUAUGUAGUCUUGGAACUGCAUCAAAUUCUUUUCCAUAUAAAGCUGCUGUUUCUUUUUCUGGAGAUGCAAGAAAUUUGCACAGUGAUUCACAGCAGUUACUCCCUCUUGCUGCAUCAUCUACAGCCUUUUCCUUCUCUGGAGAAAAGGGCUUAUUGCCCUUAAGUGAAAAUGACUUGGAAUCUAGAAGAAUGAUGAACAUUCCUGUAAAAAUGCUUUCCUCUACUAGGAAGUUGGAAGAUAACCAGACAGAAGAACACAAGGUAGUUUCAAAUAUAGGCCAGAUUUCCUCUCCACAUCAAAGUGAAUAUUUACAUAUAAACAUAACUGGAGAAGAUAGAAUUAGAUCUCAACAACCUGGAAAUAAGGCUUUGGAAUUAAACAGUUCUGAAAGGACAAAUGACACUUUUGAUGGCCCAGUGAUCUCAUCAGUAUUUUCCCUGAGCUCUGGAUCUGAAAAUGUUCCAGAGGGCAUUAAGUGGAAUAGUUCGACCUCCAAAAUAAAGUCAAUUGAACUGUUACGCCGAAAGAUAGCUCAGUUAAUUGAAUCCUGUGGCAAGCCAUCAUCUUUGGCUGCAAAUAACGCACAUCGUCGUUCCAUAGCACAGGCUUCGAAGGCAAAUUCAAAAGCUACUCCUGAAGGUAUUCAUGAAAUUAAUGUGUCAUUUACUGGCCCUGGCCAUUCCACAACUACUCUCCAGAAACCUCAUAAUGAUGGUAUUACUGACAAUGAACAGCUCACUCAUCCGCAAAUAUACCCACAAUAUGUAGAUGGCAUCAAUGGGAAAAUCGAAAGAGUGAACAGGAAGGCACGUGUUGCUACUCCAGUAUUGAUUCCCAAAGGAGCCGUGUUGAGAGUUCUUAACUCCUCUAAGGAUGCCCACAUUAUAGAAGCUACAUGUGAAGCGCCUGUCAGUAUACCUUGCAGUAAAACACAGUUAAUUACACCAGUUCCAUUCUGCCCUGUGAAACAGAAUGACUCAGGCUUACAGCCUUUGACAAAUGAAAGUGAGCCAGUAGCUACGUCCCAAAAUCUUGAAACAUCUCUUCGACCUAAACAAAGAAAAGAGAGUGCUGUCUGUAGCAUGACACCUAGAAAAGUUGGCCCCCUGCAUGGACAGCCAGGAAGCAGUGAACUGAGUAAACAAGAGAAACUGCUUUCCAGAAAUCUUCCUAUAAGUAGAAAUAAAACUAAACAAAUAAACUUAUCCAAGAAGAAAAACAAAAAUCAGGGUGAUCCCAGCCGCUGCCUCAAGGAUCCUUCAAUUUUUCAGGUUGCAAGACAACUUCGACUGAUCGCAGCCAAACCAGAUCAGUUGAUUAAAUGCCCUCGUCGGAACCAGCCAGUCAUUGUGUUAAACCAUCCUGAUGUUGAUUCACCAGAAGUAACCAAUGUAAUGAAGGUAAUAAAUAAGUACAAAGGCAAUGUCCUCAAAGUUGUUUUAUCAGAGAGGACUAGGUGUCAGCUAGGCAUCAGACGGCAUCAUGUACGGCUAACCUACCAAAAUGUAGAUGAAGUCAACCAAAUUAAAAGGCAAAUGAUGUUGAAAAUGAAACUUAAAAAAGUCCAUAAAAACAACUACCAGGUGGUGGAUUCCUUGCCUGAUGAUUCCUCACAGUGUAUAUUUAAAUGCUGGUUUUGUGGGCGGCUAUAUGAAGACCAGGAAGAAUGGAUGAGUCAUGGCCAACGCCAUUUGAUAGAAGCAACUAGAGAUUGGGAUGUUCUUUCUUCCAAAGGCAAAUAAGUAAAAUAUUGGUCUUUGAAGUAAGGGAAGGGGGUAGUUUUGUUUUUGUUUUAGUUUUGUUUUGUUAGUUUAUUCUUGUUUGGGUUCCCUACUGAAGAUUUGAUAGGGGAAAUAGAGACUGUAAGAAUAAGAAUGUUGUUAAUUCUUCCGCCACCCCACCCCCCCUCACAUAUACAUUGAAAUCUUAAGAGCCAGGACCCUGCAUUAACCUGAAAUGUGCCUGGUCCCUGGGAGGUAUUCAGAGCCCCUGAAAUUGUACACAGCAAUUGAUGUACAUUUUUCUAGAGAGAGGAUGUGAAACUUUCAACAAAUUGUUAGUGGGAUAUAUGAGACCUUUAUUUAGUACCCCUUAUUUUGAGUAGAUGUGAAUCUUUGUAAUUCAUUCAGAAGGAUGAGUUUAGAAUGUUUUACACAUUGUCUUUCUGUAAAUGCUACUGAAAAUUAAACCUGUGUUUGGUGUGCACAUCCACUUUGCUUUUACUUUAACUUUUUUUCUGAAUGUUUGGCACAUAAUGAAAAUUAUAUUUUCUACUUUGUUAGUGGUCUUGCAUUUGGUUAUUGAAAAAUGACCUUUCUUUUUCAUCUCUCCCCCAGUCUGUAAUACUUGGUGUUUUAUAUAAUGUAAUUUUGCUCUUGUUGACAAUUCUAAAGAAUUAUUCUAAGGCUUUGCCUGAAUAUACUACUUCAACAACGGGUGUUAGAGAAAGAAAACAUUUUCAAAUAUUUAGCUUUUGAUUUCUUUAAUGUCUUGAUUUAGGUAAGGGAAUGUGCCUUUUUUGGGGGAAAAUGAUUAAAAAGGGAAAAUACCUAAAAUUAAGUUUUAUGUUUGCCCUUAACACUCCCACAAACAUAAAUUAAGUGACCAAUUUAAAAUUGAAUGAUCAGUCUUGUGACGUAAGUGACACUUGAAAAGCUAUUAAACAUAGACUUUUGAAGGUAUGAAAUGUUUAAUGUGACUCAGUUUUAUUUGGGAACUCAUCCAGAGAAACCAUGAAUAGAUAGUGCCCAUGUUUCUUGAUCAUUAUUAAUUAUGGACACUGUUCCCAAAUCACAUUCUAGUCUCCCUGUGCAUUUUUUUUCUGAGCAGGGCUUAUGGACUAAGGCAGCUUCUCUGAUCAUUUUCUGACCCUUCUAUAUCAUUGAAGUCCCAUAAAGUUUUUCCUCAAGCUACUGGAAACAGGCAGAAAGCAAAAAAUUAAAACCUCUCAUUGUCUUUGCUAAAGUUCCAGGGAUGCUUAUUCCUGGUUUUCAUUGAUCUGUUUCUAAUCUGUCUGAACCAUAGUCAUGCUUUCCCUGUACUGGGCUUUCCUAAGAAAGCAAGUCCACUAAUACUCCUUCCACAUCAUUUCUCUAGCAAUAGAUGUCAAAACUGUUACUAGUCUCUACUGGUCACUUUUGUGUACCUUAGAAAUAAGCCCUGUCCUCUCCUGAAUAGGGACAGUUUCUUGGGCAGUUAGAUGGCUUGGUAAAUGUAGCUCAAGACUGGAUCUUACUCCUCACUAAUUCACAUAGCUGGGCACUGAUCUUCAUGUAGAACACAGAUGACACAACCACAAGGCAGCACUGAUUCAUUUUAUUCAUUUCAGAGACUUCCUACUUUAGGAGAUUGGUGCAGUGAAUGAAGCCGGAGAGGGAGUAUGAAAUGAGAAAAGUGUGCCAGCGGCUUUUACCUUGUUGGAUUGUCAGUUGAAGGCAUUCUAAUUUUUGUUUUUUGUUUUUUGGUUUUUGUUUUUUGUUUUAGAUGAGAGAUUUCCCUCAGUUAAGUGGGACUGUAAUUAAUUCUAAUUGGUUCUCAUUACAGAUAAUCAGCAUUUCUUAUGUAUAAUUCAAUAUAAGAUCAUUACAUUGAUUAAUUGGUUUCUCUUGAAAUUUAGGAUUUGUAUUUUUAUGUGUGUGUGUAUGUAUACACAUUUUUUACCAUAUGAAAAUACAGUAACUUGUUGAUUUCUUAUUUUGUAAAAAGAUAGUGUGGGCUGGAAAAAUGUAAAGCAUUUUUAUAUUAGAAAUAAUUUAUUUUGGGAACACAUUUGUAUAAUCUGAUCUCAUUUUUAGAAAAUGAAAGCACAGUAAGUGAUGAGGUCUGGUUUAUAGGAACACAGGUAGAAACUCCUGUAGAUAAUUUUAUUGCAGCAUUUAGUCCUUGUGCAGUUUUAUUUGGUGCUUUUUGGAAAAUGGAUCUUGUGUGUCACUUCACUACAUAAAGGAGAGCAUUCUGAAGUUCUAUCCAGGUUAAAGACUUGCAUCUCUCCAGCAUGAAAGAAAGCUCCUAAAACGUGGAGAGGAGAAAAGACUGUGAUAUUAAAAACAAACAAAAACCUUUUUCUCCUAUAUACCUCACCGCUUAGUAGCUUUUCCUUGAAAGACUAGACUUAGAGUUGGCCAUAAAUCAGGUCAGACUGUUACAUGUCAACAUGAAAUAUUUACUCUUUGCAGCAUCAACUAUUUUCCAAGUAUUACCUAAAACAACUUAUGUGCUUGUAUGGAGUUGAAGUUUGUGAGCAGAAUAUGUAGCAAAGCUUCUGAGAUUUUCAGAACUACACUACUUUUUAACGGAUGAAGAGGGUUCCUAGAAGUCAUAAAAAAUGGGAAAGCAAAAAGUGACCAUCUUCCCUAAAUAAUUUACAAGAAUAGCCUUUUAAGAUGUAGGUAGGUAGAUAUGAAAUUAACUCAUUUCUAUCAAAACUGGAGGGAGA